UAAAGUGGCCUGGCCCUUUCACAAUGGUUGCCAGGCAACAUGACUCCUCUCAGAGAGAAGAGACCCAGCCUGUGAGGGCAGACUGAGGCACAAUGACAGCUCCUCUGAAACAUUCGCUCUUCACGCCAGAACCUCACUAUAUCCCUGGCUAUGCUGGCUUCUACCCACAGCUGCGAUACCAGGUGGGGAACACCUACGGGCGCACCACGGCGCAGCUGCUCACAGACCCCAGCGUGCAGAAGAGCCCCUGCUCUGUGCUGUCCCCCAUGACCAAGCCCAAAUUCAUCGAGGACUUCAGCAAGUCCAAGCCCCCUUGGAUUCCUUGCCGGGACCUGGCUGAGCCCCACAUCCCCCACUACACCGGUCUGAAGCCCUAUAGGAACUCUGAGAUCCUGGGCAAGCUGCCACCACAGGUCGUGGACGCCCAGGGGCCACUAGGAGCAGAGAACAUAUGCAAACAAGUUACGAUGCCAGCUGGCUUCAUGCCCUAUCCCCCCUACCCACCAUGCCCGCCUGGCAGGAAGGGGGACUCCAGUGCCGUGGUACACCCGGGCCUGCGACUGGCAUAUGGGGAAGAGGCCUGGAAAUCUGCUAACCUUGUCCAUGAGACCCCAGGGCAGCACCAGCUGUACCACUACAGGAGGGAUGAGUACCCUACCCCACACCUCCAGCUGGAGACACUAGACUUGGACAGGUUCCAGCGGCUACCCCAACUGGACCACCCCAACCUGAUCCAAAGAAAAGCCAUCUCAGGCUAUGCUGGCUUCAUCCCCCGCUUCACCUGGGUUAUGGGGAUGAAUUACCGUGAAGGAGUCACACAGGCCAUGGAGGAGUUUGACAAGAACCAGUUCCAGUCCAGAAACCCCGUCUGUCCACUGGGGGAGAGGCUUCCCAGGACACACUGGCCCAAUACCACCAUCUACAGAGGCCAGGGGCUCAUCCCUUUCUACAUGGGCUUCAUUCCCUGGAGGCCCGGCUCCGCUGAAGCCUUGCUCCCUCGCAGCCAUGCAAGACAACUACGCAAUGACGUUUGGCAACAGCACUCGCAAGGCCUAUCGGAAGGAACUCGAGAGGCGAAAGCACACACUAUGAAAAUGCUUUAAUGGUAUCUGU